UCCAUUAAUUUCCUAUCGGUUGUCUGUAUCUUCAUAUUCAACUGUCCCAAUGCGCAUUUAUUGGCGCAUCCCUCGAGACCGUAAUGUGUAUUGCUUGCGCAUGUAUCGAACAUGCGUUGAGUUACAAUUACAAUUGACAUUGCAGUACUUGUCGUGUCGUCGUGACUGCUGACUAUGUCCCAUAUGCCGGUUACUAUUGCGCUACAAUGAGAAGAAGCUCGGAAUUAUUAUUUAAGGUGGGAUUUACCAUAAGAAGAAAAGAUCAGAGAGCGAAAUAGACUUUGGUUUUGAAAGCGUGGAAAAAAAGUUCUAUUUAAAGGCCUACCUAGCCUAUCAUUUCAAUUCAUUCAUGUCAUGCUCUGUAGUGCCAGCGUCUCCUCUUUGCUAUCAUCAACUGAGGCUCUUUACUACCAUCGGUCUCCAGCGACUGAUAGGGGACUAGACUGUGUUGUUGUGUUGUCCGAAUGUGUUGGAUUUCUCUCAGACGACUUAUAUCACGCAGGUAAUCGGAUCGAGCCAGCUUGUUUUUCUACUGGGUGUGCACUAUUAUUGAAGGGGUGGCAGGUGAGAGUAGGGCCUAUACACAAUUUGGAUAAACAAGCAAACUUUCUUUUAUAGACGCAUGUUAACACGUCCUUUCCUAACUCACAUGAUGAACUCUCAAAUUACCAACUCAACGCUUUCCAUUCCGUGUUGUGUAGCAAUAUAAUUUGCACAGAUAGGCCUAAUGGACGAAAUGAAUGGACACGUAGGCAUGGAUAAUACUAUCAUCGGGAAUAUGUCGGUAGACGGAGGUGAGCACAGUAACAUGAACAUGAACAGUAAUAAUAUGGACGGUUCUGGUCAUGCGUCGGCGUUCUACUUUUCGGUAGACAUCCCUGUUUACUUAUUCAAAAACUGGAAAAUUGAUACCACCACAGAUUUCAUUUUAGCGUUAGUAAUAGCAUUGAUUCUCAGCUUUUCCUUCGAAAUAUCAAAACGUUUACAUCGAAAUGGACAGCUUCGACUCAGGAUAUAUAACCAUAAACUUUUGAAAUUGAGACACUUAGAAAAGAAGAUCAAACAACUGCUGGAUCCGUGUGAAGUCGAUCCUACUAAUUGCCAUCAAGCUAAACAAUCGCAUAUACGUAUGUCAUGUGACAAUGAUGACCAAUCAACGAGUGGAUCCGCUCCCAUACCCAGUAAAGAAAGUACGCUAUUGGAGGAAACUAUUUUUAGAAAUCUAUCAUUUGAUCUUGGUGAUAAUCGAUGGAGUUUUGAUGGAUCCGAUAUAUCAGAUAUACAAUAUAGACAUACUGUAUACAAAAUUUAUAGAAACAAGAUAAUCGUGCAUUUUCUUCUAUCCCUUCUAAACUGCAUUAAGUUAGUCAUCGGAUAUUUCCUUAUGCUGAUUGUAAUGACUUUUAACGGUUGGGUUUUUGUAUGUGUUGUGACGUCGGCAGCAGUGGGGUAUUUUCUAUUUGAAAAGCGACAGUACGACGCUGGGAUGCCACAGGUUCGUAGGACCGCCCAUGUGUUAAAUGCGGCAGAAAUGAAUGUUUGUCAUAAUGCAGAAGCAGUUCCACUACAUGCACUGAAAAAGAGUAUUUCGACAGACGUAUGAAUAACGUAAGUCUAAAUGGAUAGUAUACCCGAUUUACGGCAGAUUUAAUUCGAUCAUGUGAAGACAGCUUAGUGUCUCAUAUAUUAACGGAUUUUGAGAGGACACGGGGGAAUUUACCCUCAUUUUGCUACUGCCACUUUUUGUGGGGAAAAGGGGAAUACUGUGCAAAUACAAUGUGUUACAAUAAUAUUGUAGCAGCUUAUGGAUAUUAAUUUAUUCAUAUGUAACUUACUGUACAUCUCAACGGAACCAGAACCAAAAUGACCGCAUUUCCGGCAAAAAGAACGGAUUUUUCAGGGGGUAAGGCACUAGACUGCCCUUCCUAUAAGCUGCGAGUCAUUUCCGUUCCCCUAGAUUAUGAUCUUGUAUAAAGCUCGGUUUCCAUAGAGUCGCUCACCCUAUCGGCGACAGCAUUUCUAGCUGCCCUGACUCAAUCGGGAUUGCACCCCGAUUCGUCUGCAACGCAAUCGGCAAGUUGUACCAGGUUCAACUUUCUCGACUGUCGCCAAUAGGGUGAGGGAUUCUAUGGAAACCGAGCUUUACUAUAAGUAAAAUAAUAAAAUAUUACAGAAAAAACUGAAUCUGUACGUUAUUAUCUUAUUAAAUAGUAGCAUCAUAAUACUUUAAUAUUAAAUGUCACAAAAACCUGAACAUGGUUCAAAGUUUGAGCUAUUUUAAGAGAGCCGCAAUACAAAAUAUUUUCCGGGAAUAAAGUUGUUUUUUUUUAGGGAGAGAAACUCCCACCCACUGGAUGCCACUAUGUUUGUAUGCCUGUAUGUAUUUAUGUAGGCCUACGUUAUGUAAUGUAUUUAGCAUUUUUUAUUUUUGCAUUAUGUUAUGGUUGUUUUAAAGCGCAAUAAAUCUCCAAAUAACAAUAGUGUAGUAUUAUAAAUGACAGUGGUGGCGACAGCGGGGGGGGGGAGGGGGAAUUUCUUCCCCAUCCCCCACCCCACCCAGUCGGACAGGCCUGGAACCCUGUCGUCGGAUAGAAAAUAAAAAUAUAAUAAUUUGCCUAUCCAAAUAAAGUCAUUUUGACUCCGCAAUCCCUCAUAAUUGUGUCUAAAAGCACAUUUGAACCAUACUAAGCCACAAAAACUCUCUCUAUUAUAUAAGGGAGAUUUUAUUCCGGGCCGUCGACCGAGGCAUCGUCAGCUCCUUGACUCGGACCCCUUCGUCGGACAUGUCACACUUUUGUCAGCAUAUUUCUGGCGCCACCUCUGAUAAAUGAUAUGAAUUGUUAAAACUGUAAAUACUAAUCACAGCAAAAGUGUAUGAAAAUGAGUGCAAGGCAUUAACGAAGGGAAUUCGAAACCACAAGCUUCACUUGAAGGGUCACACUGGGUAAAACGCAGACAAGUUUUGUUCUCGUUCAUCAAAUGAAUUUGGAGGCAGAUGAAUUUUUUUUUAAAGCAGUGUAGUCACGGAAAAGAAAUUAAGCACAAAACUUCGUUAUGAUCCAAACAAACUCGGUUCUUUAAUUCCGUAUAUUGUUUGGCGUUUAAUAAUAAGGCAAGACAAGUUGCUAGUAUUUUGACCUAGAGUCUUUCUUCCACAUUAAAGAGACGAAAUAGAGAAAUAAAUAAAUAACAAAUUAUUACAUCUAACCUUAAUUUAUAAGAUAAAAAAUAUCAGUGAAAGAGAAAAAGAAGUAAUUUUUGUUAAAUCAUUAUAUUAAUUCUGAGUAGGUACUAGCUUACUGAACUGCAAAGGAGUAACCUUAAAUUGUUAUAUAAUUUUAAAUGCAAAUAUGUACAUGGAAUCUAACUGCAAACUUGUAGAUUACGAAAAGAGAGUUUGUUUAGAAGUAAAUCACGUGAUAUAAAAUCA